UAAUUUGAAUGAUCUGAAGAUGGCCUGAUGAUACGUACUAGUCCUGACUUACAUAUCCCUUGCCUCUUCUCUGGAACCGACAGAUGUACCGGACAUCCUACACGAGAGUGGUAUUUAUACUAGACUACUAAACUUAGAGUCUUAGCGUGCGUAUCAUGCAGUUUAUACGUGUGUCUCGCUUGAUAGUUUUGGAAGGGGUGGUGGUGUCGUGUUUGUCGUUGAUAUGCGGUAUAAGAGCACGAGGUAUAGACCAUGGUGUUAGCCCCCUCGUCCGCCCCUCGUCCGCCCCUCGUCCACCCACUCAAAUGGAUCCGGGGAGAAGCCAUACAAGGUAUAAACCAGGAUUCCGGGGCGCGUCCCCAAACUUUCCAGGAAUAAGUUGGGGGUGGGCUCAACGAGAAUGGUCAAGUUUAACUACUAUUAUGGAUAUAUGUCUAACUUAGUAUGUUCUAACUAGGUAGGUACUGUAGGUAGUCAAAUCCUAGUCCCAGUCCCCGUCCCCGUCCCCGGUUCGAAACCCGGAAUAAAAACGGAGCCGAGCAACGCUAGGGCGUUUGCAUCG